AUGGUACGCGUGAGCAGAGUUGUACCGAAAGAGUGAGGAUUUUUUUUUGCGGUUUUACUUUGUCAUUCAAAUUAUUUUUUGAAUAUGUUGUGUUAUUUGAAGUUUUUUUCGUUUUGAAAUUUUUGAAAAUUGAGCAUUGUUUUCAGUUGGACUCGUUAUUCAUCAAUAGGCCAGGUUAUUCCAAGAACCAGGUUUAUUGUUUUCAAAACACCACUCAAUGAUCAACUGGCUACCAAAGUUCCCAAAGAUAGACGGUUUAACACAACCGAUUUAUUCAGACAGGUUAGUAAUUUUCCGAUAUUAGAAUACUUCUAAUUAUAAGCGCUUAUUUUCAGCUUUCGUUAACCGGCCAACACCUUGGUUUAGUAGUAGAUCUCACAGACACCGAUCGAUAUUAUGAUAAAAAUGAUAUAACUGGAAUGUGUGUGGAAUAUGAGAAAAUUAAUUGUCCCGGACGUGGAUUUAUAGAUCGUGAUGAGUGUAUGGAUUCAUUUACUCAAGCUAUUCAAAAUUAUAUUGAUAAAUGUGAUGAUGAAGAGGCUUUGAUUGGUGUGCAUUGUACAAACGGUGUUAAUCGAAGUGGUUAUUUGAUUUGUCGAUUUUUGAUUGAGAGAUUAGGAUGGAGUUCGCAUGAAGCGUUGGAUGGUAAGAUUUUUUAUUCAAGCUCUCAAAAACCCUCAAAAAUUUCCAGCGUUCGAACAAGCCCGCGGUUAUCCAAUCGAAAAAGGCGACUACGUAAUGGCCCUUCACAAAGCCGCAAAAAACGUCAAGAAUGAACAACAAAAACAGCAGCAAAAACAGCUCGACUCGGAUUCAGACUCUUCAGAUCGCCGCCGGAAAUCUAAGAAAAGCAAGAGAAAAUAUCGAGAAAUUGAAGAAAAUACGGGUGGUAUGAGUAUGAUUGAUGCUUUGUUGGGAGAAAUCAAUCAACAGGUUACGGCUGCCGCGCAAUUUGAAAAUUCGCCAGCGAGUAAUUCGGAGGAUACGCAAGCACAGCCCGCGACGCAUUGGGGUUUCGCUGUCAAACGCACAAAAUAUCAAUCACUGAAUCAGGCACAGCAACAAGGAUUUAGGGCCGAAGAAGAGAAUAGUCCGUUUGUUGAGGAUGAAGCUGAAGGAGAAUUUGAGGAUGAGGUACGUUUUUUGAUUGAAAAUAUAAAUAGCUGAAAAUUUAAAAUCAACCACAAAUCCAAAUCUUCUUCCAGGAAUACGAAGAAGUUCAAGGCGACGAUCAAAUCCAAUCAGCUUCCUCAAAACGACGUGCUCGUCGAAGUCGUAUGAAUAAAAUGUUGGCUGUAAUGAAACGCGGAAAAUAUCACGAAAUUCAGGCGAUGCAAGAGGAAAUGGCAAUUUCGCAUGGAAAUGCAAGAAAUAUUUGA